AUGAGUGUACCUUCUAUUCCUAUAGAAACACAAGCAGUGCCCCAAGCACAAGAGGAGCAGUACGUUCACGAAGUUUAUAAUGAAAUUGCCAGUCACUUCUCUCAGACAAGAUACAAGCCAUGGCCCAUAGUGGAAAAGUUCCUCAUGAGCCAACCGGACUAUAGUAUAGGAAUCGAUGUGGGUUGUGGAAACGGCAAAUACAUGGGGGUCAACAAAAAGUUGGAGAUCCUUGGAUCAGACAGAUCAGAUGGAUUGGUGGGAUGUGCCCAGGAAAUCAGCAAAGGAAAGUACUCACUCUGUGUGGCCGAUGGUUUGCAUCUUCCUCAUGAAAAUGAUCGGUUUGAUUUUGCCAUAUCAAUCGCAGUAAUCCACCAUUUUGCUACAGAAGAACGGCGUAUCGAGGCUAUCAAACACAUUCUUCUGAAACUUAAGGUUGGAGGAAAAUUUCUUGUAUAUUGUUGGGCCUUGGAACAAGAGAAGUCACGCAGAGGUUACAAGGAAGGAGAUGACCAGGACAUCUUAAUUCCUUGGGUUCUACAGAAAAAGGGAAAGAAGAGCAAGAAGGACAAGGCGAGUGAAAAUGAGGCGGAGAACGAGAAUGAAGAGAAGGAAGAAGAGCCUCAGACGAAAUACAGAUAUUAUCAUCUCUAUAGAAAGGGAGAAUUGAUUGAGAACGCAGUGAGAGCCGGUGGAAAAGUGGUAGAUUCUGGAUAUGAGAAGGAUAACUGGUGGGCCAUCGUGGAAAGGGUGUAG